AUGAGCCUGAACGUUCCAGGGCUGGUGGUGAUGAUGCUCUUCUACCUGCUGGUGCUGGGCACCGGGAUCUGGGCUUCCAUGAAGUCCAAGCGGGUGCAGAAGAGCAGCCAGGCAGACCGGACGGAGAUCACACUGCUGGGUAACAGAGGGAUCAGCCUGGUGGUAGGAGUCUUCACCAUGACUGCUACAUUUGUUGGCGGGGGCUUCAUUGUCGGUCUGACAGAGGCAGUGUACACUCCAACCAUGGGACUUACCUGGGCUGUCAUGCCAGUAACAGCAGCCCUGUCUUUCAUCGUUGGUGGACUCUUUUUCGCCAAGACAAUGAGAGACAGAGAAUAUGUGACAAUGAUGGACCCUUUCCAGAUCAAGUAUGGAAAGUUAAUAAGUGCAGCUCUGUCUGUGGCGUUGCUGAUAUCUGACAUCAUCUGGGUUACAGGUACUCUAAUUGGCUUAGGUGCGACAAUGAGUGUGAUCCUGGAUUUGUCCUACACCCUCUGCAUUUGGAUGUCUGCCACAGUCGCCAUCGUCUACACACUGCUGGGAGGCCUCUACUCUGUGGCCUACACAGACAUCAUCCAGCUCAUCCUCAUAUUCUUAAGUUUGUGGCUGUGUGUCCCCUUUAUCAUGAUGAACCCCCAUUCUGCUGACAUCACUGAGACUGCUUUCAACUUCACCUACCAGGCCCCCUGGAUUGGUUCAGUGGAUAAAGAAAGAGCAUGGAGGUGGAUUGAUAACUUCUUAUUACUGACUCUUGGUAACCUGGGAUAUCAGGACUUCCACCAGAGGACCCUGUCAGCUUGUUCGUCAGCCACAGCCAGGAUCAUCUGCUUCAUUGCAGCACCAAUCAUCUUCAUACUUGGAUUCCCAUCUGUGCUGAUUGGAGCGGUUGCAGCAUCAACAGAUUGGAACACGACCCUGUACGGCUCCCCGUCCCCAUUCGAGCGUGGAGAGGCAAGUCAGGUUCUGCCCAUUGCUCUGCAGCACCUCACUCCACAAUACAUCUCAAUCAUCGGUAUCGGAGCUAUAGCUGCUGCUGUGAUGUCAUCAACAGACUCUGCUUUACUGUCAGCCGCCUCCAUCUUCACAACCAACAUCUACAAGAACAUCCUGAGGACAAAGGCAUCAGAAACGGAGCUCCAGUGGAUGAUCCGUGCCACCGUGGUGUUGGUGGGCUUGGCUGGCACAUCGCUCACCUUCCUACAUAACAGCAUCAUGGUUUUCUGGAUCCUGGGCUCAGACAUAACCUACACCAUCAUGUUCCCUCAACUUGUCUGUGUCCUCUUCUGUAAGAUCUCCAACGGCUUCGGCUCCAUCAUGGGCUUGCUAGUUGGAGUGUUGUUGAGAGUGCUGAGCGGUGAGCCAUCGAUAGGGUUGCCUGUCAUUCUCCACUUCCCAGGUUGCACUCUUGAAAAUGGCGUAUAUGUCCAGCGCUCUCCUGUGAGAACUAUCUGCAUGCUGUCCACCAUCUUUACCACUCUGUUGUUCUCCUACCUGGCUUCACUGCUCAUUAAUAAAGGAGUGAUUCCUGAGAGGUGGGAUGUUUUCAAAGUAAAAACCCCAAAACCACCACAAAACCUACCAUUAAUGAUCAACAGCACAACAAAAACAGAUGAGGAGACAUCUGAGGUUCAAAAUGAGACUGAAUUCAUAUUGGUCACAAAUCAGCAGGACUGA